CGGAGACGGGGAAAAACCUCCAAGCUUCAAAGACUUUUUGAGCGUAUAUGUUGUGCUUUUUGUUUCCGAGAUAUAUGUUGCCGAGAAGAGAAUAAUAACGACGAUUAUUAUGGUCAGAGUUCUGAUGAAGAUGAUGACGACAUAAUUGUCACGCGCGUCUAUGUGUCUGCAAGUGCAGACAACAUUGUCAGACGACAUGAAAGGUUUGCUCCAAGAAGUGAAAGCGAUGUUGAUGUUAGGGUAUAUGUUGAUAAGGAAGCCGACAAGAGACCAAAUUUGAAGAAAAGGAACGACAGUAACUGGCAAACACCAGCCACAAACAAAAAUAUCCGAGAAGAAAGAAAGAUGGAUAUAUUCAAUGCUAUUGAAGUUCAAACAGGAGCUGACUAUGACAUGUUUGCUGAUACGGACAUGCUGUCCGAAGACGAGCUUGAUGAUCAUUAUGUUGAUGAUGCCGGUGAACCAGGAAGUGUGAACUAAGAAACGGGCAAAAUGACAGUGGAAAAAAUCAAGCGCAGCCAAUCUAUGUGGAGUAUGUCUACAUCAAAAUAUCCGGUUCAGAGACUAAGUAUUCCGGCGAGAUCGCCUUCAGUCGUUUCCGCAUCAAACUGGAGCCUCUCUGACAGCUCUCCGAGUUCUAGAAGUGUUAUUAGCAGAUUUCGGAAACGCUCGCGAGACAAACAGUUGCAGACGAUACGUUAUUCGAGCGGACCGUGUCUCUGCGGAGAUGUGGACGCUGUGGACUCAAAUGGAAGAUCUCUCUUGUUUUAUUCAGCUCGGUAUGGGCAGCUGGACCCGGCCGUGCAGCUUGUUGAAGCCGGCUGCAGCCCGAACCAGCAAGAUGUUCUUGGUAACACACCGUUACACGAAGCCAUUGAGAAAGGUCAUCUUGACAUUGCUGAAGUAUUUCUAAAAGAUGGUAAAACAGACGUAAACGUGUGUGGAUUUAACGGUGAGACACCUCUGAUGGCGUCAGUCACACGCGGUCAGCUGGACGCAGUUAAACUACUAGUGCGGCACGGAGCUGACGUGAAUGCCUGUGAUGCCGUUGAUAACCCUCCAAUUUACAGAGCUCUACAACGAGGCUGGAACGAAAUUGCAGAAUUUCUUAUAGACCAUCAGUGUGACGUCAAUAAAACAACAGCCAAUGGAAUGUCGUGUUUCUUUGCGGCUGCGCAUUGUAAUAAAAUACAUAUUGGAAACAUUGCAAGACGUCUUUUAAAAACAGAUUAUGAUUUUAAGAAAGACACCGAGUGGCUGGCUACCGAGGGUUGCCCAGUAUCUAUAAAAGAUGAUCCUAAACAUCACAAUAAACUUAUGGUAAAAGCCCGGCUCCAGUCUCCAAAGAAAUCGUCUCUUUUAAGCAGUGGGAAAAGAAAAUUUGUUAAAACAUUUAGAAGUCUUUCAAAGGAUUCUAGAUGAUGGAUGCCAGCUUGAAUAAAAACUUCAUGCGCUUUCCAAACUGGCGCACAUUCUCAGUGUUUACGUGCGAAAGAAAUCUAUAGCGGACGUGUACAUACAUGGGAUGUUGCACGUGGUUCUUUAGGACACAUAUCGUGUGCUUAAGACAGACCUAAUUAACGCAUUGCCUGUUGCAGUUUAAUUUCCAGUGCCAUGUCAAUGUCAAGUUUGACCUAGUUAAAACCAGCAUUGAUAUCAACCGCGACUUUGUAUCCUUGACGGAGAUGUCUCUGAUCUCAUAACCUCAGGGUCAAGGUCGCAACCUUAGAGGUCAAAUCAUAUUAAUUUUUGAUGAGUAAUGCAUACUCGUCAGGAACAUCAGACUUACACAAGAAAAACACGUGCAAUGAACGAAAGGGUACUCGUAAAUUACAGCCAUCAUAUGUAUCAUGCCUGUAAUCGGAACGAUAUUUACGGACUCAUUUUAUCAGAAAAAAUUUACAUCAUCAAUCCAUGAGAUAGUGUGAUAUUUCUUUGUGCUUUUGUUCUUCUUUUGUUAUUGUUAUUAAUAAUAUUAAACCAG